AUGUCGACUGCCCUUGUGAGCGCAGACGACGACGUCCUUGAGCCUAGCCUUCAAAACCUUAUCGACCAGAAGUCACUACGAUGGAUUUUCGUGGGCGGAAAAGGUGGCGUGGGCAAGACAACAACCUCUUGUUCGCUGGCGAUUCAAAUGGCCAAAGCCAGGAAAUCAGUGCUCCUGAUUUCCACUGACCCCGCUCACAAUUUGAGUGAUGCCUUCAGUCAGAAAUUUGGCAAAGAUGCGAGACUGGUCGAGGGCUUUACCAACCUCAGCGCCAUGGAAAUUGAUCCCAAUGGCUCCAUUAAUGACCUGAUCAGCGGCGCCGGAGAUGAGGCUCAGGAUGCCAUGGCGGGACUGGGUGGAAUGGGCAACAUGAUGCAAGAUCUGGCAUUCAGCAUUCCUGGCGUUGAUGAGGCCAUGUCCUUUGCCGAAGUGCUCAAACAGGUCAAAUCGCUCUCCUAUGAAGUCAUCAUCUUCGAUACGGCUCCCACUGGCCACACGCUUCGCUUCCUACAGUUCCCCACGGUCCUGGAAAAGGCUCUAGCAAAGAUUUCUCAGCUCUCCGCACAGUUCGGCCCAAUGCUGCAAUCAGUCAUUGGAGCAAGAGGAGGUCUUCCCGGGGGGGCGACGCUCGAGGAGCUGACGCAGAAGCUCGAGUCACUUCGAGAGACCAUUGCCGAAGUCAACGGCCAGUUCAAGAAUCCCGACAUGACCACCUUCGUCUGCGUCUGCAUCGCCGAGUUCCUUUCACUGUACGAGACCGAGAGAAUGAUUCAAGAGCUGGCCAAUUACCAUAUUGAUACACAUUGUAUCGUGGUCAACCAAUUGUUGUUCCCGGAGAAAGGCAAUGAAUGCAAGCAGUGUAACGCCAGGAGGAAGAUGCAGAAGAAAUAUCUCGAUCAGAUCGAAGAGCUGUAUGACGAGUUCAACGUUGUCAAGAUGCCUCUCCUCACAGACGAGGUUCGCGGGGUGGACAGUUUGAAGAGUUUCUCGGAAAUGCUUAUUCAUCCGUAUCAACCACCAUCAUGA